GAAGACUCUGAUAAGCUGUCGCAACAGAACGUCAAACAUGAAGUUGGGGAUAUGACUGGCACAACGCAACAGGGAGGCUCCGAUCAUCAAGGAUCCUCACAAACAACUGAAAUUACUAAUGGCCAAAAAACAAAUUUUUCAACAACUGAAUGUUCUAAUGAGAAAUUUAAACAACAAAGUAUAUUCGAAAUGCCACAGAAUGAAGACCCUGAUCAACUGUCUAAAGAGAACAUAAAAGAUAAAGUUGCCGACACGACAGAAAUAAUACAACAUGGAAGCUCUGAUUAUCAAGGACCCUCACAAACAAUGGCAAUUACUUAUGGAACAAUUACUAAUGGCAAAAGUUUAUCAACGACUGGUUUUGCUGAUGAGAAAUCUAAUCAACAAAGUACGUUUGGAGCGUUUUCAGAGAAUGAAGACAAUGGUCAUUUGUCAAAAGAGAACGUCAACAAUAGCAUUGCUGAAACAAAAGGUAUAAUGCAACAGGGAAAAUACGAUUAUCAGAGAACCAUACAAACAGAUGAGAGUACUAAUGACCAGAGUGUAGGUUUUUCAACGGCAGACUUUGGUCAUGGUAAAGCUAGUCAGCAGGUUACAUUCGGAAAGGAAAAAGCUCAAUCGGAAGGAACAAAACAAAAAUUUGCUUCAUUUGAUACAAAACAGCCCGACAGAAUCGUUCAAAAGGAGCAGGAAAAAUCACCAGUACUCGUCCGUGCAGCUAGAAAGAUUCCGGCCAUCUUUACCGAUGGUAAUGUUACUGAUCCACAGAAUGAAGACCCUGAUCAGCUGUCUAAAGAGAACAUAAAAGAUAAAGUUGCCGACACGACAGAAAUAAUGCAACACGGAAGCUCUGAUUAUCAAGGACCCUCACAAACAAUGACAAUUACUAAUGACAACAUUACUAAUGGCCAAAGGUUAUCAUCGACUGGCUUUUCUGAUGAGAAAUCUAAUCAACAAAGUACGUUUGGAGUGCUUUCACAGAAUGAAGAUAAUGGUCAUUUGUCAAAAAAGAACGUCAACAAUAGCAUUGCUGAAACAAAAGGUAUAAUGCAGCAGGGAAAAUACCUUUAUCAGAGAACCAUACAAACAGAUGAGCGUACUAACGACCGGAGUGUAGGUUUUUCAACGGCAGACUUUGGUCAUGGUAAAUCUAGUCAGCAGGUUACAUUCGGAAAGGAA